CCUCAUCGUCACUUCAAUGAAUUCAGGAUUAUGUUUCUGUACCUCUUGGGUUUCUUUUGUUCCCUUUAGCCUAUCAUUGAUUUUCCUAACCUGCUUUAACAAGUCAGUAAUAUCCUGAGAGAUGGAAGUCUUGAACUGGCUCUUCUGGCCUAACUUAGCAGCCUUCUCUUCAUCCACCUUGGCUCAAGAUUUUGUGGAGAGUAAUGGCUCAGUAUUUUUGGCUGAUAAAGAAUGUGUCAAAUUCGAGAACUUCGAUUUCUUCUCUUCAAUUCUUCGAAGAGGCUUAACGACUGCCAAGUUAUUAGGCAAGGACUUGAAUGGGUUACUAUCCAUAUUCUCAUUCAGCUUUUUCGAGGUCCUUACUUUGGAAGGACUAGCAUCUUCAUUGAGUAGUUCUUCUGAUAAGUUUUCAUCCAACUGUUCGUUUUUAUUAUCCAUGUUAGUAAAAGUUAUGAUUAUAUAA